UUUUCUUCCUUUUUCAAACAUUUUUGCGCACCAGAGAAAUCGGGUGGACUAUCUGGCCCAAGAUGAACACCAUUGUGUUUAACAAGCUGAGCAGCCAGGUCCUGUUCGAGGAGAAGGCGAAGGAGGUGGAGAUGAGCAGCAGAAAUUAUCUAGAAGUCAUCGAUGGGCAACAUCCAGACCUCCUGUCCAGCAACCAGAGCAUCAGAGACAACCAGGCCAUCAGACACAGGCGGAGCGGGGGUCGGCCCGGUGGCGGCAAAGUCCGACACAAGCGCCAGGCCCUGCAGGACAUGGCGCGGCCGCUCAAGCAGUGGCUCUACAAGCACAGAGACAACCCCUACCCCACCAAGACGGAGAAAAUCCUGCUGGCCCUCGGCUCACAAAUGACCCUGGUCCAGGUGUCCAACUGGUUUGCGAAUGCCAGGAGGCGGCUGAAGAACACGGUGAGGCAGCCAGACCUCAGCUGGGCGCUCAGGAUCAAACUCUACAACAAAUACGUUCAGGGCAACGCGGAGCGGCUCAGCGUCAGCAGUGACGACAGCUGCUCGGAAGAUGGUGACAACCCUCAGAGGACACAGAGCGGCCAAGAGGAGCUCACCAAGCCCAUGUACCAGAGUGUCAUCAAGAAGGAGGGCUCCUCCAUGGUGGGCAUGGGCAUGGGCAUGGGCAUGGCCAUGGGCAUGGGCAUGAGUAUGGGCAUGGGCAUGAGUAUGGGCAUGGGCAUGGGCGCAGGGCUGCGCUCAGCCGCCGAAGCCGCCUCACUUGCCGAGGACUACGUGUCUCCACCCAAGUACAAGAGCAGCCUGUUGCACCGCUACCUGAACGACUCCCUGCGCCACGUCAUGGUGGCCAACGCCGUCAUGGACGCUCGAAAGAGGAACCACUCCGGCUCCUUCAGCUCCAACGAGUACGACGACGAGCUGCUCUCGCCGUCCUCCUCCGAGGCAGAGGCGAACUUUGUUUAUCGGACUGAAACCACAGACCAUGGAUUAAGUAAAUAUGACAAUGUCAGCGGUGGUGUUGGAGCCGCACAGAAGGAAAAGGUGAAGGGCAAAGACGAGACGUACUGGAAGGAGAUCAACGCCGCCAUGGCCUUGACCAACUUGGCGCAGGGGAAGGACAGCGCCUCCGGGACCACCAGCUGCAUCAUCCAGAAGUCGUCUCAUAUAGCAGAGAUCAAGACUGUUAAAGUGCCGCUGCUGCAGAAAUAUUAGCCCCGACGUCAUGCUCCCAUCUCUCUAUGCAAACCAGCAAACAUUUCUGUGUCAGCAAACUCGCCAGAGUCUAAAUAAACUCUCCCUGACAUGAAUAGAGGACUGUUGUUUGAGGAAAGGGGGUUUUUGAGGCGAGGAAGUGUGGAACAAAAAGAGAACUUUCAAUCUUUUUGGAUUGUUAUCGGUGUCCAAAAAAGUGCAAAAGAGGCCUUGACCAUCCUUUUCAUUGCUGGGUUAAAGUCUGACAGACAAGUAUUGGUGAUAGUUCCGCGACAGUAUUUCCUAAAACAAGACACUUUUGUAAUGUUAACUUAUUUUUGGAAGAAUCCGAUUUUUUUUCACGUUACAAAAUGUGUAUUUUUGCCAAAGUGCCUUUGUUAUUUAGACAAAUAACUCACCGACUGUGGUCAAUGCAAAGAACAGCUCCUUAGAUGCCUGUUUGGAAUUUGUGAAGAAUUUUUUUACACUUAAGUCGUGAUUGUGAAUGGAAAUGCACCAUAACAGCAUGUGCCUUAAGUGAAUGAGCUCACCAUCUGAGGCGCUGAUGAACUCAAAUAAUACACACACACACGCUCUCUCAGUUAAUGCCCAGCAUCAAUUCUCUGUUCUUGUUUAGACUGGAGUCUUCAUUUUGACUGUAAACUGAACCCUGUUUUGUCUCCGUCAGCCUCUUGUUUCUGGCACGCCAACAAUACUGUUGGAUACAUACAGUAGAUAAGUUGCUCGAACGUGAGCAGCACGUCGAUAAGCUGCCAACAUUUUCUACCCUGUCCACAUCUCGGCCUUGGGUUUCAUUAACCAGCAAAGCAAGUCUUUCUUAUCUGAGGCUUUAAGUUGCUGAAAUGUUCACAAAUGAAACGCAUGGACCCAAAUGACGUCACACUCAGCGUGCAGUGACACAGUUCUACGUAGAUCCACAGACAUGCUCUGUACAGUAUUUGUACUAAAUGGAAGAAUGCCAUGACCUAAAAGGGAUGUUUUUGCCUUGGCAUAUCAGUGUUAUUUGUCGACAGUGUGGCCUUUUCACUUUUUUUGUGUGUGCUAGGAACACGAUAGUCCGGAGUAAACAAACAAAAAAAAGAAUCCUUCACCAGCUCCCCCAGCCCUCUGAACCUCAGCCCUCUCAGCUGUUAAGCAUUACAUUCAAAUUGCAGUUUACAAGAAGCCUGAGGACUUAAAAGUUUGACUUUUUCCCCCUCACUUUUCUUUUUCUUGUCAAAAAUACACAUCAGUAUUAUCUUUGUCGCCCAGGCAAGUGUGCAAAGUAUUUCUUCUGUCUGUAUAGGUGUGGUCAUUUUGUUUUCGAUCAAACUUUGUACCUUUUCUUAAUGAUAUAGCAAUCAGAUCUGUUUUGUCAUCUGAUGGAAAGAAUCUUUUUUAUUUUUUAUAGAAAGUACGUAUGUACGGUGCAUAUGGUAUACACGUUUGCGGCGAGGGAUGCCAAGUUCACUAACUGUUGGGCUUAUGGGUGAAACUGAAGUUGGCUCUCUAUGCUGACUUUUUAAUUUUAUGUAUAUCUUCAAGGUACUGUUUAUGCGUGUCAAAAUGUACACUCCUUCAUAAAUUGUGCAGUUUUUAUAUUUUAUUUUCGACAACCCAGACUGUGCUUAUGGUCAAGGACUUUUGGGGAGAGGGAGUUAAACUGCACAGUGACAUUUUGACCUUUUUAUGUGUCUUGAAUGUGCAAACUGUUAAAAAAAAAAAGGUGCACUUCCAGUUUUUUGGUUUGUUGGCUCUUGGAUGGAUGUGAUUUUACAUAAAGGUGAUGAGCGGUAAAAGAAAUAAAAGGACAAUGGCAUAUUAUUCCUGUUAGCGUGCCUAUGGAAUAAUAGUGAAAUGAAUCGCACUAGCCAAUCCCCAGGCAUUAUUUGCUUAUGCAGUGGGGGUUGUGGGCUCCCACAUGUGUUUUUUAUCCAGGAAGGGUAGCUGCGGGGUAGUGCCGGGCCCACUCCGUGUGUAUCUAAUCGCACCUCUGAACCUCUGGACCGAUCGCGACCCUCACACCUCACACGAUACUCGCUCACUGGGAAGAGACAGAGCAAGAGAAAGGAGGAUCCAGAGACGACAGAGGAGCCUUUGUUGUCCCUAUACCUGCAGUCGCUCAGCAACAAAGACACUAUAAGCACCAACAAAGUGGUUCCUACAGCCAAACUUCUGUACAAGCACAAACCCUGCUCCCACAACCAUGCUAACAAAUUGAAAGCGACGGUGUGUAAUAAAGCCUAUAAAUUAUUAUUACAGACUCUGUAAAAACAAAGAAAGUGGUGACCACAGUUUGUUUUUUAUUGUUAAGUUAUAUAAAUUCAGAUUUUUUUUUUUGUUUGUUUUGAUAGAGACUGGAUUUUCGAUCCAAUGACCAAAUGCAUAUCUCCUUGUAUUGUCCAAUUUGCUCUCAUGUAAAGUUUAUUUUAUAAAAAGUUGUUACUUGGUCAAGGCAAUGAA